CGACCUGAUUCGAAGGCUAUGGCAACUAAUAUCUCAUAUGACGGCCCUAACUCGGGGCUUCAAAUCGGACAAAACCAUGGCCCUAUCACUGCUCAUUUCUUACAAUCAGAAGCGUCACUGAAUCAAGCGUGCCUACGGGAUCUGCGAACGACCAGUCCUCAUGAUGAUAAGGGCCGUAUCGAGCGAACCAACGGAGGCUUGCUCAUAGACUCAUAUCGCUGGAUUUUAGACAACGAGCAGUUCAGACAGUGGCAAGACAGCCAGAGCAGCCGUCUCCUCUGGAUCAAGGGUGAUCCCGGCAAAGGCAAGACAAUGCUACUGUGUGGGAUCAUCAACGAAAUGACCUGGUCGGUCGGAGAUAAUGGAAACAUCGCCUUCUUCUUUUGCCAGGCUACGGACGUACGAAUCAACAAUGCAACAGCCGUGCUUCGUGGCUUAAUAUAUUCACUAGUCGUGAGGCAAGCAUCGCUUCUAUCCCAUGUUCGGAGCCGGUACGACCAAGCGGGAAAGACACUGUUUGAGGAUGUCAAUGCAUGGAAUGCGCUCUCAGAUAUUUUCAACAAUAUCUUGAAAGACCCGAUCCUGCAGAAUACUUAUCUACUGAUCGAUGCGCUAGACGAAUGCACGGCAGACCUCCCUCUCCUUCUGGACUUAAUUGUCCAGGAAUCAUCCACCCAUUCACACGUGAAGUGGAUUGUGUCAAGCCGCAACUGGCCUGGUAUCGAAGAGCGUCUGAAUAUGGCAACUCAGACAGCGCUUAUUUCAUUAGAGUUAAACGAGAUAUCCGUAUCUAAUGCUGUGGAACAGUACAUUCGGCAUAAUGUUCACCAUUUGGCAGAAGUUAAGAAGUAUGGAGAUGAACUUCGUGAUACUGUUCACCGUCACUUGUCGUCAAAUUCACAAAGCACUUUCCUCUGGGUAGCCCUGGUUUGUCAAGAUCUCAACAGAACAUCGCGGAGGCAUGUCCUAAAAAAACUUAACGGGUUCCCUCCUGGACUGGAUGCUUUAUAUAGUCGGAUGAUUGACCAGGUUCGAAUAUCUGAAGAUGCUGAGGUCUGCAAGCGAAUACUGGCAGUUAUGUCAAUUGCUUAUCGACCUAUCACUCCUGACGAACUGACCACUAUUGUUGAAAUACCCGAUGAUAUCUCCGAUGAUGAUGUAGCUUUACUGGAGAUUAUCGCAGUUUGUGGCUCGUUCCUCGCUUGUCGUGAGGACGUUAUUGUUUUCGUCCAUCAGUCUGCAAAGGAAUUUCUUCUCGAAAAGGCGCGAUUUGAAUUGUUCCCGGAGGACCGAGAAGCCGAGCAUUUUGCAAUUUUCUCGCGAUCUCUGGAGUCUAUGUUCAAGACACUUCAGCAUAAUAUCCUCGAUAUUAAGCCUGUUGGAAGUUCGAACGAAGAAUUCACACGCUCACGUUUGAAUCCUCUGGUAGCUGUAAAAUACGCGUGUGUGUAUUGGGUUGACCAUCUUUUAGAAGGUUGGUGUAGUGAAGACAACUAUCACAGCCUUGAUGAUAGAAGCUGUCUGGAUAAGUUUCUACGACAGAAAUAUCUUCACUGGCUCGAAAGCCUCGGGAUUCUAGGAUGCAUACCAGAAGGAAUAACCGCUAUGCUGAAGCUGGAGGACUUACUUCAUAGGAACGGCCUGUCAAAGGACCUGCUAGAUCGCGUCCAAGACGCGUCCCGCUUCAUUCGAUACUACAGACAUGCAAUCGAAAACAGCCCCCUACAAGUAUACAGCUCAGGACUCGUUUUUAGCCCCACUCAAAGUACCACCAGGAUAUGUUAUCAGAAAGAGAAACCAGACUGGAUUUUGAACAGCCCAGUGGUAGAUGAAAGCUGGAGUUUAUGUCUUCAAACCCUCGAGGGGCAUAGUAACUGGGUCAACUCGAUUGCCUGGUCGCCAGAUGGAAGCCGACUCGCAUCAGCGUCGAGCGAUAAGACCGUUAGGAUCUGGGAUCCAGUCACCAGCCAGUGCACUUUUACCCUCGAAGGGCAUGGCACCAACUCUGGGUUAAUUGCCUGGUCGCCAGAUGGCUGCCGACUGGCUUCAGCGUCGAGUGAUAAGACCGUCAGGAUCUGGGAUCCGGCCACCGGCCAGUGCGUGUCUACCCUCGAGGGGCAUAGUAGCUAUAUCAACUCGAUUGCCUGGUCACCAGAUGGAAACCGACUCGCAUCAGCGUCAAGCGAUAAGACCGUCAGGAUCUGGGAUCCGGCCACCGGCCAGUGCGUGUCUAUCUUCGAGGGGCACUGGGCUAGCUCGAUUGCUUGGUCAGCAGAUGGAAAUCGACUCGCAUCGGCGUCGAAUGAUAAGACCGUCAGGAUCUGGGAUCCGGCAACUGGCCAAGGCGCGUCUACCCCAAGCGAUCAUAGUAAUUCGGUCAUAUCGAUUGCCUGGUCGCCAGAUGGAAGCCGACUGGCAUCAGUUUCUGAUGAUAAGUCCGUCAAAAUCUGGGAUCAGGCCACCGGCAAGUGCGCGUCUACUCUUAUAGGGCAUAGUAGCUGGGUCAUCUCGACUGCCUGGUCACCGGAUGGUGGCCAACUUGCAUCAGCGUCCGGUGAUAAUACCGUCAGGAUCUGGGAUCUUGCCACUGGCCAAUGCACGUCUACUCUUGAAGGGCAUAGUGAUGCGGUCACGUCAAUCGCCUGGUCGCUGGAUGGAAGCCGACUGGCAUCAGCGUCGGAUGAUAGGACGGUCAGAAUCUGGAUUUCGGCCAUCGGCCAAUGCGAGUCUAUUAUUAAGGGACAUAUAUACAGAGUUAGGUCAAUUACCUGGUCGCCUGAUGGUAGGCGACUCGCAUCGGCGGAUGACAAGACCGUCACGAUCUGGGACCUGGUUAGAGGCCGGCAGGAUUUAAUACAGCAUAUCCCCGAGCCUGGCUUCCUCCAAUUUGAUAAAAUGAAACCCAGCUAUCUCCACACAAACGUCGGGACCUUUGAUAUAGGACCCAGCGAUCCUAUCGCAUCAAGUCCCCAUUGUUCCUCCUUGAGGGGAAUAUCUGGAUAUGGCUUGAGCAGUGACUACUCAUGGAUAACCUAUAAUGGGUCCAACCUGUUAUGGUUACCUGCGGAGUAUCGACCGCCCCAUCCCUCUUUAUUCGCUACGUACGCAAACCUUGUAGCAAUCGCUUGUUCAUCAGGUCAUGUCAUAUUCCUCGCUCUCUCAGAACAGAGUCUCCUAUCUAGCGCCUAAAUAGCAUCCAAGUCAUUCUAGGUUUUGCGCCAAUAAUACAUCUCCACUAGCCACUUAACCCUCUUGCGUGAAAGCAAGCCUCUCCACUUCGUCAUACGAGAUGAUAUGAGUCUUAAGCGGCGCAGAUUUGAUACCUCAGCUCACUUACAAUAACACCGUCAGGAUCUGGGGUCCGGCCACCGGCCAGUGCGUGUCCACUUUGAUAUUCACAUCUGCACCUCCAAUUCGAUAAAGAAAAGCCCGAUCAUCUUCACACAAUACUUGGUGCCCUAAAAUUAGGGGCUCCUGUGUUGCGCCCAGCGCCAAUCGUUUGAACUUGCCAGGAAUAUGUGGGUUUGGAUUAAGUGACAACUCUUCCUGGAUAACGUAUAAUGGAUCGAACGUGUUGUGAUUUCCCCCAGAGUAUCGGCCAUCUGACCUUUCGCCAUUUGGUAUAUCUGCAGCAACGGUGGCAAUUUACUGUUCAUCGGGUCGUGUCAUAUUCCUCGCACUCUCAGAACACAAUCCCUCAUAUUAGUAAAAUAGCAUUUACGGG